AUGCCGAUUUCUAGUCAUUCUCAUAGUGGACAAUUUUGUUUACAUGCUCAGGGUACCCUUGAGCAGGUUAUUCAAGAAGCUAUCCGACAGGGAUUUCACACAUUUUCAUUUACUGAACAUUGUCCUCGAAAAUACACAGAGGAUUUAUAUCCAGAAGAAUCCCAUUUAACUCCCGAUGAUUUACUUCAUACAUUUGAUGAGUAUAUCCGCACUGCAAAACAGCUUCGAGAGAAAUACGCAGACAAAAUUCAAAUUUUAAUAGGAUCUGAGACAGAAUACAUUCGCCCAGACUCCAUUGACCUUUUACGGAAGCUGGUCGCAAAGUACGAUUUGGACUAUUUAGUAGGUAGUGUGCAUCAUGUGAAUACAAUUCCAAUCGAUUUCUCAGUCGAACUUUGGCACAAAGCUUUAGAACAUGUUAGUGGAGAUUACGAAAAGCUUUUCAUGGACUAUUUCGAUCAUCAGUAUACCCUCUUGGCAUCUUUACAACCCCUUGUCGUUGCCCAUUUUGACUUGAUAUGCUUGUAUGCAAACGAAGAAGCUAUGAAGGUGUUUACGAAUUCAUCUAAGGUUUGGGAAGCCAUUGAACGAAACAUAAAAUAUGUGAGUAGCUACGGUGGUGUAUUUGAAAUUAACACCUCUGCUUUUCGAAAAGGAUGGUCUGUCGCUUACCCCAAACCUCAAUUAAUCAAGUUAAUGCAAAAACAUAAUGGCCGGUUUACCUUGUCUGAUGACAGCCAUGGUCCUCAUCAAGUAGGUCUAAAUUAUCAUCGGGGCAAAGCAUAUCUAGAAAACGAAGGCAUCCAUGCACUCGCUGUUUUUUCGCGUAGCUCUAAGGAGACUCCUACUACUUACCAGAUGAUUCCUGUUUCCCAAAUAUGGUCUACUUUCGUAGGGAAGAAUGGUGUAUCUCCAUAG